AUGCACGCCACUGCCACCCACCAUCCGUGGCAGCAGGUUACGGUAGACUUCAUGGGGCCCCUACCGCGAUCAAAAAGGGGCAACACGUGGCUCCUGAAUAUGCAGGACCGUUUCUCUAAAUGGGUGGAACUAAGACCCCUCCGCCGCGCCACCGCCCCCGCCGUAACUCAAGCGAUAGCGGAGGACGUGAUCCUUCGCCACGGGUGCCCGGAAUCGGUAAUAUCCGACAACGGCACGCAGUUUAAAUCCACGCACCUCGCGAAGCUCCUCCAAAAUUUCAACAUCGAACAUAGGCUUACACCGGCGUAUACACCGCAAUGCAAUCCGGUCGAACGUACCUAUCGCACAGUAAAAACUAUGUUAGCGCAAUACGUUGAACGGAACCACAAAACGUGGGACGAGAAACUACACGAAUUGCGGUUCGCAUAUAAUACGGCCCGUCACGACGCCACCGGAUACACGCCGGCGUACCUUAAUCACGGCCGGGAACUCCUCUCGCCAGCGAACUCACAGAACGCCCGACGCGGCCCCGCACCCCCACCAGACACCACCCGCCGACACCUCGAGGAAGCAUACGAAUUCGUGCGGAUGAACCUCGCGAGAGCCUUCCAGAGCAAGAGUAACGCCUUUAACGCCAAGCUCGCGCCGAGAUUUAAAGGUCCCCUCGAGGUACGGCGCGUGGUGUCACCAGUCAUCGUAGACUUGCGAGACGGCAGCGGCCGCUGGUAUCGACAUGUUCACGUUAAGGAUUUAAAGCCCGCCCCUCCGACCCCCCAGCCCGGCACCGAAACAAACAUGAGCUCCGACGCCGAAGGCGAACACGAUCCGGACGAUUCCGACAAUAAUAAUAAUACAGAUGACAGCGACGAAAUAGAGAGCAACGACCGAGACGAUAGACGGCUGGCCGUUAUCAGUCGACAUGGAGCGCUUGAAAAAGAUCAAUCAACAAACAUUCAAGCAAGUAAUAUUAGUGAUUAUAAUGAAGCACUUGUUAAUGCUGUAUACUCUAGACCUGCAUUAUACGACCAUCGUAUACCAAUAAAGAUAGGACAAGUUUAA